GGCAACGGCCUCAUCAUCAGCGCCAUAGCCUGCGGCCACCACCUGCACACGCCCAUGUUCUUCUUCCUGCUCAACCUGGCCCUCGCUGACCUGGGCUCCAUCUGCACCACUGUCUUUUCCUUCUUGACCAUCAUGUGCUACGACCGCUACAUGUCCAUCUGCAAACCCCUGCACUACGGGACCCUCCUGGGCAGCAGAGCUUGUGCCCACAUGGCAGCAGCUGCCUGGGCCAGUGCCUUUGUCACUGCUCUCAUACACACGACCAAUACAUUUUCCCUUCGCCUGUGCCAUACCAAUGCCCUGGGCCAGUUCUUCUGUGAUGUUCCUUUGAUCCUCAAGCUCUCUUGCUCACACACCAACACUCUGAGAAAGCUGGGACUCAGUGCAAUUAGUGCCUGUUUAGCAUUUGGCUGUUUUGUGUUCAUUGUUUUCUCCUAUAUGCAGAUCUUCAGGGCUGUGCUGAGGAUUCCCUCUGGGCAGGGACGGCACAAAGCUUUUUCCACCUGCCUUCCUCACCUGGCCAUGGUCUCUCUGUUCAUCAGCACUGCAGCGUUUGCCUACCUGAAGCCCCCAUCCAUCUUCUCCCCAUCCCUGGAUCUGGCAGUGUCAGUUCUGUACUCAGUGGUGCCUCCAGCCCUGAACCCCCUCAUCUACAGCCUGAGGAACCAGGAGCUCAAGGCUGCAGUGUGGAGACUGAUCACGGGACGCUUUCAGAAACAAUAA